CUCAAGUCACUCAUAGUUAUAAAAAAUCAAAGAAAAACAUGGCUAGGGUUUGUUCUUUGUUUGACUCAUUGGUGUUUGUUUGUUUCCUUUUAUUUGCUUCUGAAACCCUUGUCUUCUCUAGGACAUUGGAAAAAAGACCCCCCCUUGUCCCAGGACUAUCGUGGAAUUACUAUUUUCCUUUAGCAUGUCCGACUCUUGAAUGGAUUGUAAGUAACAAUUUGGAGAAAGCAUUCAAGAAGGACAGUGGAUUAGCUCCUGGCAUACUUCGACUCUUCUUCCAUGACUGCUUUGCCAAUGGUUGUGACGCGUCCAUAUUGUUGAAUGCACCUGAUGGAAACGAUGAAAAGAGUCACCCUGCUAACAUUGGUAUAAGGCAAGAGGCUCUUCUCGCCAUUGAAGAGCUUCGACGUGUCAUUUACAAGCAGUGUCUGCCAGUUGUUUCUUGUUCAGACAUCCUUGUCGUUGCAGCACGUGAAGCUGUUCGCCAAAUGGGAGGCCCAGAUUUUGAUGUGCCUCUGGGAAGGAAAGACAGCCUCACGUUCGACCUAGACGGACCCAACAACCUCCCGCCGCCAUUCUUCCGAACCGAACAGCUGCUGGGAGUCUUCGGCCAGCGAAACUUCGACGCCACCGACGUUGUUGCCCUCUCUGGAGCCCACACGUACGGCAGGGCUCACUGCUCCUCUCUGGUCAACAGAACCAUCGAAUCUGACCCACCCAUCGACCCGGACUUCAAGAACAAGUUGGUGGCAACGUGUCCCACUUCCCAGUCCUCGAACAUUGUGAACCUGGACGCGCGCACCCCGGCCAAGUUCGACAACAUGUACUUCAUCAACCUGCUGAACCGGCAGGGUGUGUUCACCUCGGACCAGGACCUCGCGAGCCACCCCCAGACGAAGGAGAUCGUGAACCUGUUCGCCUCCAACCAGAAGGAGUUCUUCGAUAGUUUCGCGGACGCGUUUGUGAAGGUGAGCCAGAUCGACGUCAUCACCAGCCGUCAAGGGAAAGGAGAGAUUCGCGACAGGUGCUUCGUCGCCAAUAAGAAGGUUUCGCUGGAGGCUGUGGCGGAGGAAAUGGUGGAGCUGGUGGAGGCCAUCUGAGAGAACUUGUUCUUGUCGUGUUGAGUUUUCCAAGGUUACGUUGGAUUGUGUAAUAAAAUGUUGAUGAUGCUUUUAUUUUUUC